CGAAACGCGUGCAACACUUCGGAAAUAUCCGCUUUCUCUUCCAUUGCGCCCAUUUAUCUCGCCGAGUCCUUAAAUCUCCGCAAGGUAUCCCUACACACACUUCAAGAUGGGUAGGGAGGACAAGGCAACAUGGAAGUCAAGUUACUUCAGCAAACUGAUUCAACUUUUGGAUGAUUAUCCCAAAUGCUUCAUUGUGGGCGCGGACAAUGUCGGCUCAAAGCAGAUGCAGCAGAUUCGUAUGUCAUUGCGUGGAAGUGCCGUAGUAUUGAUGGGUAAGAACACCAUGAUGCGUAAGGCAAUUCGUGGUCACAUUGAACGUAAUGGAGCUUUGGAGAAGCUGUUGCCACACAUUCGUGGCAAUGUUGGCUUUGUCUUCACUCGUGGUGAUCUGGUUGAGGUUAGAGACAAGCUCCUGGAGAACAAAGUUCGGGCACCAGCCAGAGCUGGAGCUAUUGCUCCAUUGAGCGUCAUCAUUCCGGCCCAGAACACCGCAUUAGGACCCGAAAAAACUUCUUUCUUCCAGGCUCUGAGCAUCCCUACCAAGAUCUCGAAGGGUACUAUUGAAAUUGUCAACGAUGUGCACAUCUUGAAGCCUGGUGACAAAGUCGGCGCUUCCGAAGCAACGCUUCUUAACAUGUUGAACAUCUCGCCGUUUUCGUACGGUCUGCUUGUCGAGCAAGUCUACGAUUCCGGUACCAUUUUCGCGCCAGAAAUUCUGGAUAUCAAGCCUGAAGAUCUUCGUGCGAAGUUCCUAGCUGGAGUUGCCAAUCUCGCUUCAGUAUCCCUCGCCAUUGGCUACCCGACUAUUGCCAGUGUUCCUCACAGCAUCGCCAACGGUUUCAAGAAUCUUCUUGCCAUUGCUGCUACAACCGAGGUCGAAUUCGCUGAGGCCACCACCAUCAAGGAGUUCAUCAAGGAUCCAAGCAAGUUCGCAGCUGCUGUCGCAGUUGCAGCCCCGGCUGCAAACGCCGCUGCUGCUCCACCGGCUGCCGAGAAGAAAGAGGAGAAGAAAGAAGAAUCGGAAUCCGAGGAUGACGAUAUGGGAUUCGGUCUUUUCGAUUAAGAUCCAUAUGAAAUACGUAUCCCAAUCCUUUUUUAUGGAUUUUGAUACACCCUAAAGAUGCUCUGACUGUAUAAUUUCUGCUGCCUGUUUUGUACCGGCGUCCGAAUAAAGUCGAGAAAAAACGAAAA